GUGCCCUGCGCAUUUUCAUUGCCCCCCCAAAGUAUCGGCCCGAAUAAACGCGCAUAUCCCCCGUCUCCCUCUCUGACUCGAUGCUCCGUUUUCGUUCUCUUUCUCACUCUCUCUUUGCUUCUCUUACGCGCGCGUUCUUUAUCACGCGUUGUCUUGUCGCUUGUCCAUCAGUUUGUCAACUUUGCGUGCGAGAUGUUGCGAAAAAGAACGUGAGACGCGAGACGUGAUCAUCAUCGCCGACGCCUCUGUCGUCGCCGCCGUCGCCGCCACCGCCGUCGUCGUCGUCGUCGUCGUCGUCGUCGUCGUCAUCAUUAUUGUUGCCGCGCUAUUAUUGUUGCUGUGUGAUCAGUUAUGUUUGCGAUGAUAUGUCGUGCUGCUGGAAUCGUGUUCUCGGUCGCGUGCCCGAUAACUGCGUGGGCUGUCCGCGGAUAUACACGCGCCAGCCCGACCAUCGGAAGGACGCGUGUACGCUGCGAAGGUUUCCCGCGCGGAAGGCGCUCCGCCGUCCGCAGGCACAAGCCACCGUUCGCUCGUCAGUUAUGCGAAAUGCUAAGGUGAUGUAGAAGAAAUUGUAACUGCAAAAUCGACAUCCGACUUUCUAAAGGAUAAUUGUUCGAGGCUUUGCUAUACAACACAAGAUAUCAAGACGGGUGACCAGAUAAAGAAGAUGGUAUCUCUGCCUAACGCAGAGUCUGGCACAAUGGACAGAAUCUCAGAUGAUGACGAAGAUGAACCUAGUAGCGGAUCCGAGACCUACGAGGAAGGAGAUCUCCUUUCGGCUGCUAUGGAUGAUGAUGUAACAGCUCAACUUGCAGCUGCAGGUCCAGUUGGCGUUGCUGCGGCUGCUGCUAUUGUCUCAGCUAAAAAGCGCAAACGACCUCACAGCUUUGAAACGAAUCCUAGUAUCAGAAAGAGACAGCAAAACAGACUUUUAAGAAAACUUAGACAAACCAUCGACGAGUUUGCGACGCGGGUUGGACAGCAGGCAGUCGUAUUAGUUGCCACACCUGGUAAACCAAAUAGCAGUUACAAAGUCUUCGGCGCGAAGCCGCUGGAGGAUGUAGUUAAAAAUCUGAAAUCCGUCAUCAUGGAAGAGCUGGAGAGUGCGCUUGCACAACAAGCGCCACCGCCCGUGCAGGACGAUCCAUCGUUAUACGAAUUACCGCCGUUGAUAAUCGACGGUAUACCGACGCCGGUGGAGAAAAUGACGCAGGCACAACUCAGGGCGUUUAUUCCGCUCAUGCUGAAGUACUCCACUGGGCGGGGCAAACCUGGUUGGGGAAGAGACAGCACGCGACCUCCUUGGUGGCCCAAGGAAUUGCCUUGGGCUAACGUUCGAAUGGACGCGCGGUCCGAAGAUGAAAAGCAGAAGAUCUCGUGGACUCACGCGCUACGGCAAAUUGUAAUAAAUUGUUAUAAAUUCCACGGAAGGGAAGAUCUUCUGCCGGCGUUUAGCGAAGAAGAUGAUAAAUCUAACGUCCUGAUACAACAAUCGACGUCUCAUUCCUCGUCGCAUCAGUCGCACUCGUCGAGUCAAGGGCAGAGCGGGGGGCAGUCGCAACAGCAACAGACGGUGGGAGUCGUGCGCCUCAACAGCACGGAUUCAUCUAAGGGAAACUCUUCGCCAGCACAAAUCAUUGCCGCGUCUCCCACAGCUCUUGCCACUGCCACUCAGGUGGGAGUGGAUAGAGUCUAUUAUCAAAUGACAGCCCAGUACCCGACGACUGUAUUGCAGACAAUAACCAAUCCCGACGGUACAGUUUCUAUCAUACAAGUGGAUCCCAACACUCCAAUUAUUACGUUACCAGAUGGCACAACAGCCCAAGUACAAGGAGUCGCUACUAUCCACACAAAUCAAGGAGAAGUGCAAGCACUUGCGGAAGUAGCCAGUAGCACGGAUGGUGCUAGUGUGGCUGUUGACCUGAACAGCGUUACGGAAGCCACGCUAGGUCAAGACGGCCAGAUCAUUCUUACCGGAGAAGACGGACACGGAUAUCCAGUCUCGGUCUCGGGUGUGAUCACUGUGCCGGUGUCCGCCAGCAUGUAUCAGACCAUGGUAGCUAACAUCCAGAGCGACGGUACGAUGCAGGUGGUGACGCCGAUGGUGCAGGUGCCCAAGGUCGAACCAGGAAAUGGGGACACCAUCGAGGCCGUCACUAUACAGGGUCACCCGAUGACUAUGAUAAACGCCGCUGGGGAGCACCAGGUUCUUCAAGUAAUAUCGUUAAAGGACGCCAACGUUCUGACCAAGGCCAUGCAGGCCGAGGUCAAGGACGAGGACAGCCAACAACAACAAACUGUAUCUAGCCCAGAAUAAAAAUGCGUUAAGUGUAAUCUAGUUAAUCGGAAAAAAAUCUCUCCUGCACACGCGUCCGCGCGCACCGACAAGACGGAACGGACAAGAAGUGUGGAAGAAUUUAAUAACGAUUGGUGUUGUGUUUCCUUUUUCUUCUCUUUGAGCCACUGUACUAUGUAGUGUGUCUUGCUGACUGCGCCGUCAAACAAUGACGUUGUAUCCGAAAGUGGGAAUGGAUGAGAGUGCAUCAUUGAUUUGUGACUUAGAAUUUAGAGAUAUUUGUACUCAAGAUUUUAUCAUAGUACGCUUGAGAGUAUUCUCACUCGCAAUUCAAUUUCUCGGCUGUAGUGUGUUAAUUUCUCGACGAUGUGUGUCCGUUGUUUGCGCAGAUCGUUUGCGAAUUUCUGAUCUAUCCCGCAUUGGAAAAUGGAAAGUCAAUUGUACUUUUUUUUCCGGCAGUUUUCUCGCGGCAGGCUGAACACAUAUUUUUUAUCUAGUCUGUCCAGAGCCCAGGUUGACAUACCAAAGACAUUUGAUUUUGAUUAUAAUUCAAAUGUGUAUACAUAUGAAGAUUGUUAAUUUAUCGUAAAGCUCGAUCGCUUCCAUAAGCAGCAAAAAGUAACUUCUUCGGUUCUCUCCCUUUCUCUCUUUCUCUCUCUCUCUCUCUCUCUCUCUCUCUCUCUCUCUUCUCCUUAGAUUCUAAUAGAUAAUUCAAUCGGAAGUUUAAUAAGAAUGUAGAAUUUUUAGAGAAUUUGACUCCAUUUCCAAACAAAUUGAUCAUCUCUUUGAAAAAACCUAUUUUUAAGAAUAAGAAAAAUAUAGAGCUCGAACAUUAAGGACGAAUUGUAUGGUCGAUCUGUUCGAACAGUUCAAUGCAAUUCCGAAACGUAACGUUUGAAUACGUUUGAAAUUUGAUCUGUUAGAAUUGUUCGGCCAUCGAGAAACUCCGAGCGCUAGUGAAAAAAUUAUCAAUUUUCUUUCUUAUCGCAGAGUUAUGUAACAAUAUACGGGGCAUUUUACUUAUAUCGAUCGCUUAGAAUAUAUAUUCGAAAUAUAUAUUCAUUCCAUUUGUUUCUGAACAGUAUGGAUAAAUUUUCGCAUUGUUAAAAGUGACGUGUAGGUUUCGAAAUAAGUGAAAUGGCCUGCACGCAUAUAAUAUAUACAUAAAGGAUCGACAUAGUAGAGAUAAUGACAAAAAAAAAAAAAGAAUUAAGCAUUUCUGACGGGUACAAAUAGGAUAUAAGAUAUAUGUUUUUUUCAAUAAAACAAGAUACGUGGAUAUUUGAAAUUUCAAAACACACCAACGAGGCGUGUGUCCACAGUCUUAUUUUAUGAGAAUCGUACUGCACUAUUUAUUACGUACUUGCUUCGAUUAGCAUAUUUUUUUUUUUUUUAUUGACGCGGAAAAAGGUAGUAUAUUUCUAUGAAAGAUUCUUUGAUGUUCUUGAAAGAGUAACCAUGGCGAGAUGUGUACGUAUUAAUUUUCUAAAGAGCGGGUUAUGCGAUUGUAGAGAAAUCAGGAUACACUGUCCUUCACUCGAAGGUAAUCAAAAAGAGAAAAAAAAAGAAAAAAAAAAUCGAUUCUAUUUUACAUUAAGUAGUCGAACUAUGUCAUGGUAUUUAAAUCAUCAAUCCAUUUUUAUAUAAUGUAUCUAAAAAGCAGUGAAAAAUCGUAUUUUUUGCGUGCAACCUUGUUUCAAUGUUGCGGUGCCGAAAGGUGGAAUCAUAUCUUCUUAGAAGCAAUUUUGUUAUAACUUUUUGUAUUUGCGUUGAGCUUUUUCUUUGUAUAUAACCGACGUGUGCAUCGUGUGUGGAACGAUUAUAUAAAAAUGAUGGUCUUCAAUUUUGUUUAGCAUUAUGUGAUUGUUAAUUGGAUUAACUCUGGUCUCCGAAGAUCGUAACAUUGAAACGACAAACUGCCCUUAACACCAUGUUUAAUAAUACCAAAGAGAUUUUUAUAACAUUAUAGGGGAAAAAAAAAAUAGUUAAAAGUUAGGAGUAAAUAUGAUUAAAAACGUAUCAUAAUGACUAGAUAUUAAUUGUUGCGUUGUUUUUUUAUGAUCAGGGCCACUACAUUAAUGAUGUAAUAUAUCUGUACUCACGUGUAAGAUAAACAUGUAUAUUUUCCCUCUGUUGUUUUUAACAAAGCACACAGAGCAUAAAUUAAGUUAAAUGUCAUUCGAGAAAACAAAAAAAUAUGUAUUACGACUUUAGAUAAUUAUAGACGUAUGUGUAUAUGA